AUGGUACGGCUAGAUAUCUCUGAUUCCCGGUGUGUACUAGCUUAUGUGGAUGCUCAGUCAUCUCUGUUGGAUCGGAUUCGCAGCCAUCAGUUUGAGAAUGAGGACUUAGUGGCACUUCGAGAUCGAGUUUUGGGAGGUGACACUGGCCUGGCUACCUUAGAUUUAGAUGGGGUCUUAAGAUUUGGUGAUCGACUUUGUUUUUCAAGAUUUGGGGGUUUGAUUCAGAUGAUUCUUACCGAGUCCCGUGACUCCAAAUAUUCUAUUCAUCCGGGCACAGCUAAGAUGUAUCGAGACUUGAGACAGCACUACUGGUGGAGCGGCAUGAAGAGAGAUAUUGCGGAUUAUGUAUCGCGUUGCUUGAGUUGUCAGCAAGUUAAGGCCGAGCAUUUGAGUCCUGGUGGUGAACUUUAG